CUUAAGCAGGAAGUUUCGCCUUCUCCUUCAGAUGGGCUGGGGAGACCUCGGUAUCUUCGGUCAGCCCGCCAAAGAGACUCCCAACCUGGACGAGAUGGCGUCCGAGGGAAUGCUGUUCACCGACUUCUACGCCGCCAACCCAGUCUGCUCGCCAUCACGAGCGGCACUGCUCACGGGUCGGCUGCCCAUCCGGAACGGGUUCUACACGACCAACAAUCACUCCAGGAACGCGUAUGUGUCGCCGAAGGUUGCGGGUGGCAUACCGAAAGAAGAGCUGCUCAUCCCAGAAAUCCUUGACGAGGCCGGCUACAGAAACAUGAUCAUCGGCAAAUGGCACCUGGGCCACGAGCCAGCAUUCCUGCCGCUACGUCACGGCUUCCACGAGUUCUUCGGCUCGCCGUCGACGCAUCCGGGCCCGUUCGACGAUGUGACGGAGCCAAACAUUCCCGUCUACAGGGACGACCACAUGAUUGGCAGGUACUACGAGGACUUCGAAAUUAACGUGAAGACGGCGACGUCCAACAUUACAGUUCUGUACACCGAGGAGGCCGUGUCGUUCAUCAGGCGGCAAGCGGCACGCCGCCAACCUUUCUUCCUGUAUUGGGCGCCGGACUCCACGCACCUGCCCGUCUACUCAUCCGAGGCGGUCAGGGGCCGAAGCGUUCGUGGAGCUUACGGCGACGCGGUGAUCGAGCUGGAUCGAGGCGUGGGCGCUAUCCUGGGUGCAUUGAAGUCCACGGGUGUCGCAGAGAACACAUUCGUGUUCUUCACGUCAGACAACGGGGCGGCCACCUACGCCAAGACGAAUGGCGGCAGCAACGGUCCUCUGCUGUGCGGUAAGCUGACUACUUUCGAGGGAGGCUUCCGAGAACCAGCCAUUGCCUGGUGGCCCGGAACUAUUCCUGCCGGUACGAUCAGCCGGCGGCCGGUCUCCAACAUGGACAUACUUCCCACCAUCGCCGAGCUGGCUGGCGCCAGGCUACCACCGGGCCUCGUGCUGGACGGACAGAGUCUGGUGCCCCGCGUGCUCGGCCGGGACGAGCCGCUGAACGAGAGGCCCAUCUUCUACUACCGUGGCAAUGAGCUGAUGGCCAUUCGGAGCGACCUGUACAAGGCGCACUUUUGGUGCUGGACAGACUUCUGGGAGGAUUUUCAGCAGGGCAUGGACUUCUGCCCGGGACAGAGUGUGGACGGCGUGACGAGCCACGAGCCGCUAAACUACACGCAGCAGCCGGUGCUCUUCCACCUAGGCUUGGACCCGGGGGAGAAAUUUCCCAUACCCGCCCAUUCGUCAGAGUACCGCGAGAAAAUCGGGCCUAUACUUGCGAUCUAUCAGAAUCACAGACACAGCUUGGUCCCGGGCAAGCCGCAGCUGGACUGGUGCGACGACGCCGCCAUGCAGUGGGCUCCUCCUGGCUGCGAGAAGAUCGGCCGGUGCCUGCCAGUGCCGCCAUCGAGACCGUAUCGCUGUUCGUGGCUGUACUGACUGUGUGCUAUCCCGUAAGGAGGUGUCCAGAGACCCGAAUAAAAAGAAAGUGGCAAAAGACGGCUUCAUCUAUCUCU